AUGCCGGAUGCGACCCGCCGAUAUGCCGUCGUCUGUAGCAGCAACCAGAACCGCAGCAUGGAAACACACCUCGUCUUCCAGCGGCACGGAUUCAACAUUGAAUCUUACGGAACAGGAUCGGCCGUCAAGCUCCCUGGCCCGAGCAUUGACAAGCCCAAUGUCUUUGGCUUUGAUGAUACAACCUAUGAGGACAUGUACAAGCAGCUGAAGGAGCAGAAUUUCGAGCUGUACUCGGGAAAUGGGGUCCUGGAUAUGCUGGAGCGGAAUAUGGCUAUCAAGCCUCGCCCAGAAAAGUUUCAGCGCCAAACCAAGAAGCGCUUCGACAUUAUCCUGACCUGCGAGUCCCGCAUCUUCGACGAAGUUCUACGCGAUUUGGAAGAGCGUGAUGGUGCCGAGGGCACACCCGUGCACAUUAUCAAUCUGGACAUCCCUGAUAAUCACAGCGCCGCCACUGUGGGGGCUUUGAACCUCUACAAACUGGCUCAAAUGAUGGAAGCAUCGGAAGAUUUGGAUGACGACAUUGACGACAUUAUCGAAACCUUCCAAAAGGAGACGGGCGAAGAGCUACUUCAUGCUCUUGCCUUUUAUUAG